AUGAAAGCUACGGGCAAGAUCUCCUCCUGGUAUGUUGCGGAUCUUGUUCUUUCUCGUCCAGAUGCGAAGGUUCGCCAUAUCGUGGAGGCCAUUGGAACGUCGGACACGAGCCGUGGUAGAUUGUUUGCUCAGCAGUACUGCCCGGAAGAAACUCCCAAGAUCUACGGCACCUACGAAGAAGUCUACCAGGACCCGAACGUCGAUAUCGUCUAUAUAGGGACACCGCACGCAUUCCACAAAAAGAACUGCUUGGACGCGAUUGCAGCAGGCAAACACGUACUUUGUGAGAAGCCUUUCACCCUGAAUGCCCGCGAGGCCAAAGAGAUAUUUGAGGCAGCGAGAGAAAAAGGUAUUUUCAUUGCCGAGGCCAUGUGGUUGCGUCAUCGUCCAUUGACUCUUGAGCUUCAACGACUUCUUCAUCAAGAGAAGGCAAUUGGCGAAAUAUUCCAAGCAACUUCGCAUUUCGGGUCAGAGAUCGACAUUCCAAAUCUGCCAUUGGACAAGUACUACCGACAAAACUCUAUGGGAGCCGGCUCUCUUCUUGACAUCGGCAUCUACGCACUGACGUGGAUCGUACUGAGCCUGGACUCUGAUCUUGAAGCAGGCCGCCCAAAACCAAACAUCUUGGCAGCUCAGAAUCAUUGGGAGGAUGUUGAGAUAAUCUCAACUGCCAUCCUGCAGUACCCUUCUACUGGUAGACAAGGUAUCGCGACCUCGACUACAAUGGCAAUUGGAAAUCCAGAUCUACUUGCUCGGAUUCAAGGCACUACCGGUUCCAUCGAGGUUCACGGCUCUUGCCCCUCGGCUCCCGAUGCUUUCACCGUCUAUCCGUCAUUUAAGAUGGGCGCAGGAGACGAAGUUUCCCGCAGUGGAGGCAAGAAAUAUGAUUUCUCGGCUCCAGGCCGUGGUUUUCAAUAUCAAGCAGAUAACAUUGCUUUGGAUGUACUCGGUGGACGGCUGGAAAGCUCUAUCGUACCUCAGUCCGAGACCAUUCGCAUGAUGGAAAUAAUGGAUGAGAUUCGACGCCAGGGAGGGACAAAAUACCCAACGGACUAA